AUGGAUCCAUUAACAAUAGGCCUAACUGAAAACGAAAUAGUAGAUUUGGUCAAGUGCUACAUCCAGGAUAAGAGAAACCGUGUCAAUGGCAAAUUUAGGCUCGUAUCUUACCAAGUGCGUCGACUGAGUGAGGAACCUGUUGGUUAUCUAGGCGAUCAUUAUUUGUUGGACGUAAAUCUGCGAGAAAAGAUGGUACAUUACAAACCAGAAGAAGAGGAAAAGUAUGCGGAGGAAGAAUAUAUUAGCUUUUUUCUGAAAGUUUUACCUGAAAAUGUACCAAAACUAGCAAACUACAUAAAAGAAAUGGGAUGCUUCCGAAAGGAGAUAAUGCUCUAUAAACAUGUUAUUCCGCGACUGCAGGACGUCAUGAUCGGUACCAAGCCAUUUGUUCCGACGGCCUACUUUACUAAAGAAGAACGCAUGAUAGUGUUUGAAAAUUUAAGAUCGGAUGGAUACAGCAUCGUCGAAGGAACAAAUAAUCUACUCGACUUCGACCAUCUAAAAGUGGCAUUACAGGCUGUCGCUAAACUUCAUGCAUCGUCUCUCAUUCUUGAAGAGCGGUCAAAAAUCCCAAUCCCUAAGCUUUUCGUCGGAUAUCUGAACGAGAACGCAUAUAUAGACGAUGACGAUCAUGUUCGUAAGGUUAAUCUGGAAAAUGCAAUUAACGUACUAUGUGAGAUGAUCAGCCGUAUCGAUAAGUACGCAAAUUCGGCUAAACUAGAAGAUAUAUUGGAAAAAGUUCCUGUCCUAGUGCGCAAGAUUUACGAUUUUGCCAAGCCUUCAACUGUGUUCCGCAAUGUAUUAAAUCAUGGGGAUUUGUGGAGUAAUAAUGUUAUGUUUCGUUAUGAAAUGGUGCCUACAUGCAUGGACAACUGCAGCACUAGUGGAGAUUUAAAUGAAGGUCAAAAAACAACUUCGGAUCGUGAAGAUCAGACAGAGAUGGACGCCGCAUCAGAUGUGGACAAGCAGUUGCAGCUUUCCAACGGUGAGGGCAGACGUCGAAAGCGUUCGUCAAUCAAAAAACCAAAUCCAUACGAAAUUUUAAACUUGGGCAAUUGGUCCGCACCUGGUGGUGCUCGUCCAUCGAGUUGCAUUCUGAUCGACUUUCAAAUUGCACGAUACGCGCCCCCAGCUUAUGAUGUGCUGUCUUUUCUUACUUCUACGACAACAACUGCAUUCCGGGUACGAUACCUUGAGGAACUGCUGAACGCAUAUUAUGAUGCUUUGAAGCUUGAACUCGAUUGGUUUCACAAGGACGUUCGGGAGGUCUUUGCCAAUGGAUUUGCCUCGUACCGCGAUUCAUGUCACCAGUAUCAGCUGGCUGGGCUUAUAGAUAGUGUUCUAUAUCGGCAUGUAACGAUGCUACCAGCUGAGCUAGUUGCCCGAUGUCGAGAAGAACAUCGGUUGCCGGGUACUGUUGGAAGUCCAUGUCAACCAGGAGGUUCUGGAGCUGUCGAGAUGGACAUUUGUCUCGAAGCUUGGAAUCAGUACGAUGAAUAUAGAAAUCUCAUGACGGAUAUGCUAUCGGAUUUAGUUGAUCAACACAUACUGCAGGUGUGA